CAAUAACACAGGCACCCUGGGAGGGAGACGCAGGCGACAGGAUGGAGGGAGAGAAGGAGGAAGAAGACGAGAGUGGCCAGACCGUAGCCCAGGCUAACAUUCACACAGAGGAAACAGAAGAACUAGAGGAGCAAACAGACCAGUCGGACCCCACAGCACAGACUGAGGCCGCUGAGCCCAGUCAGUCAGAGGAGAUUGAGACUGAGACUGCUACGGGGGGUGAGCGUGACAGUCUGGAACAACAGGACGUGUGUGUCGAUGAUGCAGAGAUCCUACCUCUAGAGACUUUGCCACUAGAAACGUCACCACCAGAGACCCCAGCAGAGAAUGACACUGAGAGGCUCUCUCAGUGCCUGUCCUCACCACCUGAGGGUGACACCACAGAGAGUCAAACAACAGUACACCCCUCAACCAUACAGGUAGAUCCCUCUGCUCAGCCCUGUUGGUACUGCUUGAGGUCUCGCCCCACUGAGGAGAAAACUGAACCACAGCAGGAAUCAGAGCCUGGAUCUCCGACGCCCUCCGGUGGCCAGAUGGUGAAGUACCAGACUGACCCCCGGCCUCACUUUGGUGUGGCCUGCUCAUCUCGCGCGCCCCCUCUCCCUCUGUGGGGCAGCGAGGGGCCACGCUGGGAACUGAGAGACCAGGAGCUGCCUGACCAGACACACACCUGCUCACACUGCCAUCUAGGCUUACCACCUGACACACUUCUCUGGCACGAGGCUAAGUGUCUGCUGUUUGAUGGAGAGAAGAGCACAGAGAAUAAAUAGGGCGGAAUCUGCCAGAAGACAAGCUAUCUAAAGUGUAUAUCUGUUUUCACUGUCUGUCUACUACAAACUCAGGAAAUUCUACCCGACAGUAUAUGCUUUAAUAAUAAAUGGUGUUAUGUUGGACUCCAGAAUGUCUAGACAUGUUUUCGAUCUUGUAUUAUACAUGAACUAUGCAAAUCCUGUGUUGUAUUACCACUGUGAAGUCAAUAAAUG